UGGCGCUGUUCGUGUGAAGUAACGAGUCUAUUCAAACUAGAGCUUCAUUCGGUGAAACCUAAUCCUUUUCCAAAAAUUUUACAAUGCAGUUUACUGAGAGAGUUCGUAUGUUGGGCUUCGUUUCAAGACAGAUCCCGAAAGCGAAGACGGUCGUGAGAUUAGCGAGACCAACCAUGGUUAAGACAUCGGCAGCUCGCUACAGGUCCUUCAGCAUGUUGGCGAAACAAGAUUCCCUUCCCCCCCUGCCUGUCCCUUCCUUACAACAGACCAUGGAUAAAUAUCUACUGGCAGUAAAACCACUGGUAGAUGAAGAGGACUAUGAAUACACAAAAGAUUUAGUGAAAGAUUUCCUCAAACCAAAUGGAGAUGGUGAAAUGUUGCACAAUAAAUUACUACAAAAGGCAAAAACUGAAAAAAAUUGGCUGGCAGCUUGGUGGGACAAUGCAGCUUAUUUUGAUUGUAGAUCACCAGUGGUGAUAACAACAAGUCCAGGCCUUGCUUUUCCGAAGUUUCCUGUCACUGACAAAACUGGUCAUUUGAAGUAUGCUGCAAGGGUGAUCUCAAGUGUGUUGAAGUUCAAGAAUCUUUUGGAUACGGAGGCUAUUCCUGUUGAUAUGAUGGGGAAGAGUCCAUUGUGCAUGAUGCAGUACUUAAAGCUGCUAUGUUCUUGCCGCAUCCCACUGCCAGUCAGAGACGAGGUGGUUGUUGCACCCAAAGGAACUGUCAAGCAUGUACUAGUGGCCCAUAAUAAUGAGUUUUAUGUCCUGAAUGUUUAUAAUGGAAACCAACUCCUCAGUGAAGGAGAGUUGGUCACCCAGAUGGAGAAAAUUUUACACAACAGUGAAGCACCAGAAGAGGCUGUUGGAGUUCUCACUUCCGCUGACCGAACAAUUUGGGCAAAACAACGAAAAAGACUACUUAAAGAUAAUCAAAACAAGGCCAAUCUUGAAGCAAUAGAGAAUGCAAUUUUUGUUUUAUGCCUUGAUAAGCCACCUCCUCCAUCCACACAAGCUCCCAGUGUGAUGGAAAUGCCAUCAUCCUCCAUCACAGCCAGGCAGUGUCUUCAUGGCGAUGGUACAAAUUGUAACAGUGCUAACAGAUGGUUUGAUAAAAUUACUCAGAUCUGUGUGAGUGAAGAUGGACAUGCAGGAAUGUGUUAUGAACACUCUGCAGCAGAGGGCCCCCCAGUGGCUGCUCUUUGUAACUAUAUCAUUGAAAACCUGGGUGGUCAUCAAGAAAUAAAACCAGCACAGGCAAACCAUCUUGAACCACCAUCAAAACUGAGAUGGAAUUUGACCAACAAAGUGAAGGAAGAAAUACAGCAGUCAGCUGCUGAUCUAGACAGUAUGAUCAGUGACAUAGACCUGAGGUGUUUUGUGUAUAAUGGCUAUGGAAAAGACUUUGUGAAAAAGCAAAAGAUGAGCCCAGAUGCCUGGGUACAAAUGGCUUUUCAACUGACUUUUUACAGACUUCAUAAUCACAAUCCUCCAACUUAUGAAACUGGUUCUACGCGCAAAUUUAUGCUGGGAAGAACAGACACCAUCCGUUCCGCUUCAAUUGCUUCUUCUGAAUUUGUCAAAGCCAUGGUCUCACCAAACAAAACGAAUGCUGAAAAACUGGAUCUUAUGAACAAGGCGAUAGAAGCACAUACGAAAUAUACUAAAGAGACCGUCAAUGGUCAAGCUAUCGACAGACAUUUACUGGGAAUGAAGUUAGCAGCGAUAGAGUCAGGAAUGAAGCUACACGAGCUCUUCAUAGACAGCUCCUAUCAAUACGCGCUACAUUACAAGCUUUCGACGAGCCAGGUCCCUUCUAAUCACGAGCUGUUCUUGUCGUUCGGCCCAGCAGUACCCGAUGGCUAUGGAGUUUGUUACAACCCUCAGAAAGGAAAGAUCAUCUUUGGUGUAUCAACUGUGAAUAGUAACCCAGAGACCAACCCCGGUCAUUUUGCAGCUUAUCUUCAAAGAAGUCUAGAUGAAAUGCAACUUUUAGUCACCACUGCCAGACUCUGAGGGGCGUUCAACUGACGAGAGACAGACCUCCCCUUCCCCCCCCCCCCAACCAAUUGCAUGUACCACAGUUAAUUCCGCCAGACUAGCUUUAAAAUAGUGAAUUCUUGGAUGGGAUAGUUUUGUUUUGAUAAAGAGCUAAUAUUCCAAAUCACAAUCCAAGCUGGUUUACUAAGUGUUCUCCUAGGUGGCUUCAAUUACAAGCGUUAUGAAGGGAUUCGGUUUGUACUUGAAUGUUGAUGAUUCGACCAGCCGUGGUCGUAAAUAUGAUGAAGUAAAAUAAACUAAUUUAUGUCAGUGAA